AUGGCACGUCUCAUUCCCACACACCUGGACGAAACCAUCACCCCAGGUCCUCGCCCAGCAUCAUCAAUAUUAUCACCAGACGCAUUUAACUCCGAUAAAGAAAAUCUUCACCAGGGUGUCACUAAGAGAACUACCGCUGUGAUGCCAUCAAGCACACAGAAUAAACGGCGUCGACUAGCCGACCGCCCCUCAAAUGCGCAGCCUGCGCAAUCCGCCCAAUCUUCUCGGUCUGCUCAGUCUGCCCGAUCCGUGCGGUCACAAGCAUCAUCUCAACGAACGGGCAGCGACACACGAUAUUAUGAUCCUGAUCAGGAUCCCGAAGAACGGAGAAGUGUGCGUAGAGGACUUCGAGAUCUGGGUAGGGAACUGAAUGACACGCGAGGCGAGCUCAUGCAGCCUGGAAAUAAUGGUAUUCUCAACAUUGUCGAACAAGCCAAUCAAUUUUACGCCAAAGUGAAGCAGACCGCCGACGCCACGCUCGAUUCGCGCAUCCUGGUGAACACUGCCGACCUCACGCACAAGAAAGCCACCCAGCUUGCUCUCGGUGACACCUCUGCCGGUAUCGAUGUAGACGAGUUUGUUUCCAAGUGUGUGUCGUUCAUGCGUCGUGGCCCUAACAAUGCGACGACUUUAACAAAUGGGACGCAGGGACGCCGAGGGCGCCCUGAUCGAAGCCAAAGAGAUCCCGAUGCUAGUGACGAAGAUGAUGGCGACGCGAUGAACUGGGACACGCUUGGCCGAUCGGCCUGCUUUCCUAGCAAUGCUCGUCCCGCCGUGUCUGGAUGGUUGCUGGGGCCGCUGUCACUACAGAAACGUACGCGGCAACUAACACAGCGAAGAGCAGCAGAGCAGAUUGAUCCCACGCAAGCCGUGGCGCCCCGAGAAAUGGCCCAGCAAGAUCUUGGCCUCCAGGACAGCACGAAUCUGACCGAAAUCUGUUCCGAGAUCAACAAGCUGCUAGCUUAUAACCAGGAUGAUCGUCAGAAAGCAGCCGAGAAUGAGCUUCAACGCGAAGCUAAUCUUACGCCAGAGAAGGCGCAACAUAUCAUGGACAAGCACAACGUGGCGGACGACGGGGGAAUCCCCUUGUUUCGCUUUUGUAUCAACCCGAAGUCUUUCGGGCAAAGCGUGGAAAACUUGUUCUACGUGAGUUUUCUCGUUCGAGACGGCACUGUGGGUGUAUCAACAGAUAGUCGUGACUUGCCGACCCUGCAUGCGGCCGCUCCAUUCGCCCCCAGUGAAGCUCAAAAAAGGGGAGUGCAAAAACAUCAGGCGGUCUUUAGCCUGGACCAUGAGACGUGGCACGAAAUCAUCAAUGUGUUCAAUAUUAAGGAGUCCAUCAUCCCCCACCGCGAAGAGAAAGAGCAAGAGACUGGCACAAGUUGGUAUGCCUAA